CGGACGAGUUGCUUUAAUAAUUACUAGAAGCAUCGCUUGGAAGCAUCACUUUACCUCUCAUCUUCGGAAGGACACCAUGGCGACGCUCAAAGCUCUUCUCUUGUCGGUGGUGUUUCUUAGCUUGACAUCAGGGAGCCUGGCCGUGAACUGUGCUUGUGACCACGCAAAAUGCGCUGUCUUGGACGAGGGUGACUGUCCCGUCGGAUUAGCGCAUGACCUUUGCGGAUGUUGCGCCGUCUGCGCAGGGGCCUUAGGCGAGGAAUGCGGAGGACCCUGGGGUAUCUACGGGGAAUGCGGCACCGGCCUGGAAUGCCACCAGGAGUCAUGCCCACCUGACACCUCGGAUGCUGAUUGCUAUCUUUAUUAUCUCACUGAGCCCGGGAAAUGCAUCGAAAAAAGGCGCAGGUCAGUGCUGGACUUCUUCAGAGGGGCCGAUCAGAAGGGGCUGGAGGCCAUUCGAGACAGACGUCGCCUCAGGCUUCUCCAUGAGCUGGAACACAUGAAGAAAAAGUAAAGAAGAAGAGACGGGGGGACUACUCGUACAUAUGGCUGGGUUCUGAAGUGGAAAGAGAAUUGUUGAUAGGAAUUGUGAGUUGUGAGUGAGACUGGAUGUAGGAGUGAAUUUCAUUAUUGCUGUAUGAUAUAUCGGUACACACACACAAAUAGAGAGAGAGAGAGAGAGAGAGAGAGAGAGGCGAGAGAGAGAUGGACACUUAUUUUACCAGAUAUGUACUAUGUAGGCUUUUUGUGAAACCCCAAGUGACCCUUGACUUCUCGAGUUUUUCACACUUUUUUGUAUACGCUUUUCAAAAUAGCUGUUAUAAUGUAUAUAUAUAUA